AUGCAUCAAAAUUCAACCAUCUUAUUUGUGCCGAUCGACGCCGUGGGUCACGUCAACUCCAGCAUUGGUAUCGCCGAAGUGCUGAUACAAGCGGGACAUCGGGUGGUGUUUGUGGUGAACGAGCAAUGGAGGGGUCGGCUCACAAAGUAUGGCAUCGAAGAGGUAUUAAUUACGGAAGAGGGUCGGGACGGGUUUAGCAGCGAUUGGAGCGCAGAGUGAAUGGAAAGCAUUCAGAGAUGAAGCGAAUAGAGUUAAGGCCGGCAUUAGAGACGACUUCAAUCAAUAUCUACUAAACAAUGGAUGCGAAGCAAUAGAUUUUAAACAAAUACCAUUUUUUAUUAAUCAUUCUAAAUAUUUAAAUAUUUACG